UUUAGUCAAUCGGUGUCCGACCUAUAAUUUAGAUCUUAAUUUUAUACUUUCUCUAAGAUAUAGUUCAUAAUAUAAUCGUAAUUAUCCGUACAGCUUAGCGUUAAUACCUCCGUCAACUUCCGUUUCGUACCAGUUACUGUUCCUAUAGUGCACGUUCAAACGAUUUAUUUAAUAAUUUAUGUGAAUACACGCACGCACGAGUCCUUUUUAUUGAGAAACUUUCUUGUACUGCAUAAAGUGCACAUGAAUUCCUUUUUAAUGAGAAUUUCCCGAUUUAUAGAAUGUUCUGAAUCCAAUUAAUUGAAUGUAUUUUGUCUGUUUAACGAAAUUUUCCCCACGACGAAAUCGUUCGCACAUAAAAAUAGAAGUGAAGUCAUAGAGCUGAAAAAUAGAGGAAAAGCGAUUUAUCUGUAUGUGAAAUUGCGUGAGUAGAAAUAGAAAGCCGCCAAGCUCCAAAGGACACAUAAACAAAACGCGAAAACUAUCUCGCGAGGACAUUGGCUCGUAUGCUGACCGCGCCAUUAUGCCUAUGUAAUCUGCAUUUUGACCUUUCGUUCUCUGGCAUAAAAUUACGCGGAUGAUCCAAAUUGUGCCCCAACUAUUUUCGAGCAUUUGUGGACGACGGCGCGUAAUGCAGUAAUUGACUUCUCGUGUGGUGAGAGACGUGUGUGUACAUAUUAAGGAGAAACGAAUUGCCCCUGAGUCGAACGGAGAAUUAAUAAAAACAUGCAAAAACUGCCUCAGUAAAAACAGUUCCCUUGUAAAUGAGAUUAGAAAACUAAAUACUGCGAACAAACUUAAGCUGCAAGUGGCCAAUGCAAUUGCAGACUUUUAUGAACCAAAGAAUGCAGGUUGGGACGACAUGCAGAAAGAAACAUUUCGCCGAAACGAACCCAGCCAUUAGAGUCAUAGAGGCACGACUAAUGAACAAAAUAGAAGAAAAAAAUAAGAUAAAGCAGCGCUGCUAAGUGAAAAACGAUAAACAGAAACCAAUGUAACAAGCGUAAAGAUAAGCGAAUAGAAAAUUAGGGGAAUUAAGAGAGAAUACAAAUUUAAUGAAAUUAAGAUAUAGGUUGGACUUUUUACGAAACUAUAUUUAAAGAACGAACCAUGGAAAUGGCAGAAAAUACGACGACCUCCAGUGAAUCGAUGAGACCGACCCCAAGCCCGAAUACAACAAAGAAACAUGCGAUCUCAAAUCAUGGAGGUGAAUCCGAAAACGUGAACGCGAAACAUAUGCAAUCAGAUACACCUACAAAUGGAAAGGUGACUAUCGGAAACUUGCCGCUAGUAACACAGUUAAAGGAUCACAAAGAAAACAGAUGGAAGAGGAAAAAUACUUCACAAAGUGGUGAAGGCCCUAAUGGGAAAACUUCGACUUGCAUCACAAAGAAAAGAAAAACCAAAGAAGAAGGAACUUCAAUGACAAAGGCUUGUGAUACCCAACCACAAACUUCCUGUGAUAAUAGCAAAGAAGUGGUUGCUGCAAAUAAAACUGUUCCUGAAAAGAGUGGAGAGCGAAUGCUGUCUAGACCAUCAAUACCACCAAAGCCAGCCGCUGGUUGUGGGCGCAUACCGCCCCCACGAUUAAAACAGAAGUUGUUGGAUAACGAAAUCGUAAUUCAGAAAUUAAACGCUGGAGCUGAACAACUUCGACUUGAAAUAUCGGAAUUACGAGCAGCAUUGGCUAGUGAACGAAGUGCCGUACGCGCUUUACGGGCACAGAAUGAAGCCAAAUCGCGUAAAUCGAAAAGCGAAGUUAAAAAGUUGCAAGCAUUCCUGGAUGCCACGCAAAAAGUUAUAAGGAAAACAGGAAAAGAUAAGGGUACAAAGGAAGCUACUGUUAAUAAUGAUAUGGGAAAGAUGUGUCAAGAAAUCGCCACCUUAAAGGAUGUGAACAAAAUUCUUGAAGAAAAAAUUCAGAUAGCUCAAGAAGCCGAACGGCGAAAAACAUCAGAAAUUCGUUCGCUUAAGGAUUCAUAUGAAAUCCGAUUGACUCAAAUAACCAAAUCUGCCAAAACUGAAAUCAAUCGAUUGCUGGAGGAACUUAAAGCAAAAGAGAGAAAUAUCGGGCAAUUGAAGAAAGAACUUCUCUCUCUUAGAAAUGACACGAACAAAACGAAUUUAAGAAAUGCUCAAUGUCCACCAAAAAUGAAGAAAUUCAAUGGAAUUGAGCGGAGAAAACUUAUCCUGGAUAGUUCGAACCGCAAAGUUAUUUCAACGACAUGUGGUGAACCUGAAUGCAACUCAGUGCCACAUGAGCUUACUAAUCGAAUCUUAGAAACUCAGACAAAUCUCCCGAUGUUUGAAAAUAAGGACCAUCUAAAUUCUGAUACAGAUUCGGCAUUGUCAUCGGCACCGCAAUCCAUGAGCCCUCAGCCUCCAAUUUUGGAUGUAGAAAACUUAGAAAUAUGGCAGUCGAUGAAAAACUACUCAAUCGAGAUUUCGAAUUUACAAAGUGAUAAUGAAAAUUUACUCAGAGAAAAUACUUCACUUAAAAAUGAGUUGGAAUUCUCGCACCAACAAAUUAAAGAGUUGGAGGAAUCAUCGCUACAGAAGGCUAGAAACCAGAACGCAGGAGUGGAGCAACUGGAGGAAAAAAUAAAGCAUUUAGAGGCGCAAGAGGAUAUUUUGCGAAGGCAAGUGGAUGACUUGCAAGAACAAAAUGACCUUCUCGAGUUUAGAAUAAUUGAAUUAGAUGGUGCCAAUGAAAAGAUGAAAAACUACUUAACUGAAAUCUCAAAUUUACAAACUGAAAAUGAAGGAUUACGGGAGGAAAAUGCUUCACUUAGAAAUGAGUUAGAAUUUUUUAAACAGCAAACCAAAAUGCUAGAAAAGUCAGCUAUAGAGGUUAGAAACCAAAAUGCAAAGGUGCAACAACUACAAGAAGAAAUAUUGUACAUAAGAUCACAAGAAGACUCUCUGCAGAAAGAAGUGGCUGAAUUACGAGAGCAAAAUGAACUAUUGGAAUUCAGGAUUAUCGAGUUGGAAGGAGUCAGUGAGAAGGUGAAAGCAAAUCAAGAAACAUUUUCAGAUUAUAGUUCGAUAAACGAAGCCCCUGAAACGUUAAGUUUCAUAUGGGGAAAUUGUGAUUUGGGAAGCGGUCAAACAGCAUCCCCUAGCAAUUCAAAAAGAAGUCGCAGUUGGUAUACAAAUAGUUUGCAGGAAAGUGGAGUGUUUGAGUCGGAUUCUGUGGAUAUUUGUUCGCAGUAUACACAAACCGAACCGGACGAUUCAUUAUCCCCACCCGUUGGUGAACUAUGUGCUGAAAUCCGAAAGCUAAAUGAAUUCCGUGAAAAAAUCGAGGAAAGUGUUUCUAAAGAUCCUGUACCUGUUGUUCUGUCUUCAAAUCUUUGUGAUCAGAAGAAAUUAGCCUAUUAUAGGGACCGCUUAGAGGUCCUAGAAAAGAAGCUUGCCGUCUACGAGAGUAGCGGUGACCAACAAAUAAAAAAAUUAGCAGAUCGGUUGCAAAGAGAAGUUCAACUAGAAUUUUUGGUGAAAGAUUACGAGCAACAAAUUAAACGCCUCUCAGAGGACAAUAGUCGCUUAGAAGAAGAACGUUGCGAAUUGGAGGAAGUUGAGAACGAUACCAGGUUGAAAUUGCAACGAUUGGAGAUUGAUCUAGAAAUAUUAGGUCAACGCAAUUUAGAGCUAGAAAUGUCCAAAGAAGCAGCCCAUGCUAAAUUGCAGGAAUUCCGGCAAAGCUACAAUAGUCUACAAGAUUCUGUUGCAGCUCACCAGAAAGAGAUCAGCAAUCUAGAAAGUCGGGAGAAAGAUUAUAAAAAUAGUCUGAAUCUAAUCAAAACUGCUAUGCCAGCUAUUCUCCUAUUUAAUUCCUUUAUAGUGAACGGGAGAUACCUGUCGGAUGAUAGAGGAAAAGGUACAAUGGAUUCAGACCUUAGGAAAUGUACGUGUCAUGAAGCGGAAAAAAACGCAUAUGAAGCUCGCAUUAAGCUUCAGCAACUCAUGGCUCGUGAAAAAGAACUUACACAAAAUAUUACAGAACUUAACAGAGCAUAUAAUGAAACACUGGAAAGCGCGGAUAAUUUGUGGGCGCAAAUGGAGAAGGAUUACAAGGAUAGAAUAGACAAGGCCUAUCAAACUGAGUGUCUUCUUAAGGCGAAGGUUGCAAAGCUAGAAGAACGGAUAGCAGCUGACUCGCAAUCGGCUUUGGAGCGUCUAAGUCACCUGGAGGAAAGCGAGACUUGUCAUAAAAACCGCAUUUGUAGACUUAACAAAGAGAAUAAAACCCUAACUCAAAAGAAUGAAUCUUUACAAAAUGAUUACCAAAAAUUGAAAGCAGAAUAUCUUGAGCUUAAGAGUUAUCUGGAAGUGGUUGUUCAGCAGAACUUAGAGCGAGAAAAGCAAAAAAGUCGCAAACUCGAAGAAGAUAUUGCUAUGAUGAACAAAAUGAUCCAAGAAGCUGAUGAAGCGCAUGAAACUGAAACUCAAUACCUCCGAAAUCAGUUAGCUAAAUCUGGCAAAGAGUUACUUCAUAUUGAAGUGACGAACUCUGAGCUUAAGGAAGAAGUUAACACCCUAGAAAUGAGAAUUUGUGAAUUAAUAGAGCAACGUAGCUGUGACAAAGAGAAAAUUAGAAAUCUUAUGGACGAAUUACGAUCGGUCAGUGAAGAUGCUUUCACCAGACCUAGGCAGGCAGCAGUAGAUACUCCGAAUUUAGCUGAAGAGUUGGCUCCGAGCAAACGCAUGAAUUUAGCCAAAAUCGCUGAUCUGGCAGAUGCUACUGGAAAGCUUUCCGAAGCAAUUAAUUUUACGGAGAACUAAAGUCAUGGAAAUAAAAAUUUAUGGCGCUGCGUUGGAUUUGUACUGGUGCCCUGACAAAAGGAAAGUGACACGAAUCCAGGGAAUUACGGAAAUCCCGAGGUUUCAAAUAGGAGGAACUUUGGAAAUUUCAGGAUUUUACAUAACGAUAAAUAAUCCGACUAUGGAAGUCUUCACAUCUAUGUACAUAACAAUACGACUUUGCAAACAUAUAGCUUUUACAGACUGAAACUCUGAAAACUCUUCAGUUUUCAUUUCGCUCUGGUCUCAGGACUGAAGAAUUAAUUCUGAUUGUAAAGAUUCGAAAGCUACCAUUUGGAAAUUUUCAAUAUUAUACUAAAUUUCAUUACAUACGACGCUCCAGCCAAAGGAUGGCUGCUCGGUCUACUUUUCAAUAUCCUUCCUUAUAUUUAGAACCCUAUUACUGUAACUGUUUGCCUUUAGUAUUUUUGGUCUCCGUUUUCUUUGCAAAUAUAGCAAUAAAUAGAAACAUUUUGUGAUUUUUUCCGACA